AUGGCAAGCGAUGAUCAGCAAUCCUACCUGAAGGCAGUAAAAUGUCUAAUGCAGCUGCCUGCUCAGACAGGCAUAAAGGGCACGGUCACAAGGUUCGACGAUAUGAAUGCCAUGCAUCAGGUGCAAGCGAAAAUAAUUCAUCUUGUUGAAUGCCAUAGUAAAACCACGUACCUCGAUUUCUGGGAGACGACCGGUUACACAACCCAUGGCGCUGGUCACAGUGGGGUCGGUGGAGUCAUGGAGGAUAUCGAUGCAAGCCCUGGAGACCCGCUCUUUUAUAUCUACCACGCUUUCAUCGAUCGUCUUUGGUGGAAGUGGCAGUCCGAAGACCCUGACAGUCGCUUGUACCAACUGGGAGGCCCUUCUACGCAGGGAGGAACCGAAGAGUUGACUCUGGGCUAUGUCAUGACUACCUAUGAAAUUCGCCCCAAUGUUACUGUCAAGGAGGCUAUGGAUAUCCAGGGCGGAUAUCUCUGCUAUAAAUAUGACUACUAG